AUGUCAUUGUUUCGUCUUGAUGGACAAGUUGCCGUGGUCACUGGUGCAACACUGGGAAUUGGACUAGCAUACGCUGAAGGAUUAGCUUCUGCUGGGAUCAAACAAUUGAUCUUGACUUUUCGUUCACAAGCUACACUUGAUGCUGCUAUAUCACAGAUUAAGCAGUUUAACCCUGAUGUAAUCAUUAGUUCAAUCCAUGUUGAUUUCCUCGCGAUGCCUGAAGAUGAAAUCAUUGCAUUGAUAUACACUCAAUCGUACGCUAAAUCAACCACUGGUAUCAUUGACAUUUUGAUCAACAAUGCCGGUAUAAAUGAGCGACACCCAGUUGAAUCAUUCCCGCAAGACGAAUUCGACAAUGUUAUGAAAAUCGACAUGAAUAUCCCCAUCAAAUUAACGCGUCGUUUCGGCGCCAAGAUGCUUGAGUUGGGAACACGAGGCAAAAUUGUAAACACGGCAUCAGUACUAAGUUUCCAAAGCGGAGUCUAUACUGCUGCCUACACCGUGGCUAAGGGUGGUUUAAAGAAUUUCACCCAGGCUGUGGCCAAUGAAUGGAGUGAUCGUGGUGUACGUGUCAAUUGCUUAGCUCCCGGAUAUGUGGCUACGAAUUUAACUGAUUCGAUGUCUGAUGAGAAUCGUGAAUUGGUUAGUCGUAGGAUUCCCAUGGGGAGAUGGGGCAGGUGUGAUGAGUUUAGAGGGCCGAUUGUGUUUUUGUGUUCUGAAGCAUCAAGUUAUAUGACGGGACUGUGCUUGGUUGUUGAUGGUGGAUGGUUGGGUCGGUGA